AACUCUCCCCUGUCUUUCUCCAACAGCUUAUGCCUUGUCACUUGGCACUUCAAAGCCCUCAAAAGUGAGCUACCAAAGAAACAGAAGAGAAACAAAAAUGGCCAAACCUCUCAAGCUAAAGUUCUCCCGAGUGAUCACAUCCUUCAAUUCUUGUCGCUCUAAGGAUUCAUCAGCUCUUCCAUCAAAUGCCGUCCAUUCGUUUCUCAGACAUUCUCCGGUCAAACUCCAUCUGCCACCUCCACCGCCAUCAUCUAAACCCUGUCACUCUUCUCUCAAGCGCCAUAUCUCCUCGGCUUUCGCUUCAAUCAGCUGCCGCUUCAGAUCAAGAUCACCACCAUCUCCACCGCCUCCACCUCCGCCCGAGUUCCACUGGGAACAAGAAGAGAAAUGUCAUGUCGUUGCAAGAAUCUUCGAUGAAAAUACUCCUCGUAGAAAAAUUUAUACUUCUUUGGUUUGCAGUUAUCACUUCCCUAACAACAACAACAGCCAUAAUAGCAGUAAAAUUUUGCUUCCUCCUCCUCCUCCAAACACAGAGAGGAAAAGACGAAGGGUAAGAAAGAAGAAGAAAGUGACACCAAGAGUAAUCCGUAUCAGCACUUCCUCAGCUGAUAGUGAAAUAUUUAGCAGUGAAGGUAUUAACAAUGAAUGUAAAGAAGAGGACAUUGACAAUGAGGAAACUGAAACGUUAGUGUCGUCAACAAAAACCUUCUCUACUGAUUAUGAUUCAUCGCCAGAGUUCAGUCCCCAUCUGGAAAUCAUAAGUGAGUCUCCCUUUAACAGGAUUAAAUAUAAUCGUAACAAGAAGAAGGUUAAAAAGGGAAAACGGUAUGUUACAAGGAAGGUGAGAAAUGGAUGUGAUCAGUCAUCUUCAUCGUCGUCGUCAUCGCCAGCCAGAUUGUCAAGGUUUCAGUGGCUGAUACCAUGCACGGUGGAGGGGAAAGUGCGGGAAGGCUUCGCGGUGGUGAAGAAAUCAGAGGACCCACAAGAAGAUUUCAAGAGGUCAAUGUUGGAGAUGAUAAUGGAGAAGCAGAUGUUUGAAGUGAAGGAUUUAGAACAACUAUUGCAAUGUUUCUUGUCUUUGAACUCUAGGGAUCAUCAUGGGAUUAUUGUCGAGGCUUUCUGCGACAUCUGGGAGGCUUUGUUUUGUAAUGCUGAAUAUGGAGUGUCAAGCGCUGUUUCAGUUAAUUAAUUGCCAGAUUAGUAAUUGCAUUUAUAAUAAAGGAGCUGCUAAAUCCCA